CACCUGCUGGCAGUGGCUGCCACCCCCGCCGCGCUCUCGCUCUUGCCUCCGCCCACCAUGCCGUCCCUCUAUGUGCCCAUCCUCGUCUCGGGCAUGCUCUUCACGGGCUCCAGCAACUCCCUCUGGAGCAAGUGGCAGGAUAUGCAAUGUGUCGAGAACUGCAACGACCCAAACCCUGCGCAUCAUGUCCUCUACGAGCAACCGGUCUGGCAGACGCUCCAAAUGUUCCUCGGAGAAAUGCUCUGUUUCCUGCCCGUAAUAUACGCGUGGUUCGCGUCUAGGCGCGCUCAAUCUCCCGUCCAGCUCCCUACCGAGGAAGACCAAGAACCAGCCCCCGGUUCCAAGGCCCAGAUCACGGCCGAGCAUCUCCAUGGCUGGAAGAUCCUCCUCCUGUGGUUCCCUGCAGCCUGCGACCUUACCGGUACCACGCUGAUGAACGUCGGUCUGCUGUACACACCGGUCUCGAUCUAUCAGAUGACCAGGGGCGCGCUCGUUCUCUUUGUUGGAGUCCUCUCCGUCAUCUUCUUGCGGCGCAGGCUGUGGCUUUACCAGUGGAUCUCUCUUGUCACCGUCAUGGCAGGAGUCUCGCUCGUGGGUUAUAGUGGGUCCAUGAUUAAGGAUGCGGUGAAGGAGGAGGGCUUCGCUGGUUUCGUGCGCACGGGUGCGCGUCUGUUCGAUGAUCUGCCUGCGCCCAAGCCUAUUGAGGAGCCCGAGAUUACGAAGGUCCUAGUCGGUGUCUUCUUCAUCCUCUUCGCGCAGGUGUUCACGGCGACCCAGUUCGUCAUCGAGGAGAAGAUCCUGGCGCGUUAUUCGGUCGCGCCGCUGGUCGCGGUCGGCUACGAGGGCCUCUUCGGUGCACUGACCAUCGUCCUCGCCAUGCCCCUGCUCGCGCACUACUCGCAGGUCUCGCCGUUCUUCGACCUCCCCCGGGGUUGGCACCAGAUGAUCGACACACCGUCCGUCCUCUGGAGCGGUGUAGUGAUUGCAUUCUCGAUCUCGCUGUUCAACUUUUUCGGCUUGAGCGUCACGCAGCAUGUGAGCGCGACGGUGAGGAGUCUGACGGACACUUGCAGGACACUCAGCAUUUGGGUCGUGAGCUUGGGCCUUGGCUGGGAGCGGCUCAUGUGGCCCAUCUCCGUGCUCCAGGUCGUCGGCUUCGGGCUGUUGGUAUACGGAACGUUCCUCUUCAACAGCCUCGUCAAGCCUCCCGCUUUCCUGCGCCCCGCGAUCGAGGUCGCGGCGGUGCCCGCGCUAUCCGCAGGGGAGGCGGAGGAGGCGCGGGGGCUGCUCGCUGAGGAUACUCUGGAUGAGACCGCCGCGCUGCCAGCGGACCUCGGGCAGAGCGGCUUCGAUGCGCUGCCUCCUCACGACCGCUCCUCGGGCUCGGAGGCCACGCCCGCUCGGCGGUAGGCCGGGGCCCCACCCCCCACCCUUCUCUCGCCUGUGCUGACUGGAACAUCCUGCAACGUGCUUAUUUAAUGUCGCUUCUGCGUGCUUUCCUGCUUGUCUCAGUGUCUUGUGUACAUGUGCUUUGGCUGUUAUUCGGAAAUGUGACACCGCCUUGUGCUGCUCAGAA